AUGACUCUAUUUCUAAGAAUGCUUGUUCGCCGGCAACGGCGAAACUACACUACCAAGAAGAGAAAACUUUAUUGGGAUAAUGUGCUAUCAUUGGGAUCGAUCUCCAAUCGAUGGGAAGAGAUAACGGGUCAACCCGACUCCAGCUCUUGGCUGGAUAAGCUGCGAAACUACGCCGUCCGAAACAAAUGGACUACGUCAUCCAGCGAUAUCCAGAAUUUUCCCCUUGAGCACAUAGCCCGGCUGCAAAAAGACGGAAAAAUAAAAGACGUUUUCAUGUUUGUUAAUGACCCUGAAGAAAAGCGGGCCGUUGCCAAAUUUCUGGCCCGCGAAGGAAUCGACAAGGAUACCCUUCAAACACUUUUUUCUCAGGACGUUCUGGCAAACCCCCCGUUGGACCAGAAUGAGGAGCCGGAGCCGGCGAGAGAUUGGGAUCUCAAUAAAAGUCCUCGGCUAGAGCUGGAUCUCAAUAAAAGCCCUCCGCGAGAGCUGGAUGAAGCCGGAGACGACGGAGCUGAAUAA